AUGGCAGUUUCCACUCCUCUAUUCUCCUUAUCUUCAAUUUCAUCUCUUUACCCUUCAAAGCUUCAUUCCCUUUCUCGCACUUCGACACUCGCUAGUAACCCAUCUCCCCACACCAACCUCGCUAUUCGCUCUUCUUAUUCCGGAAACGGCUCUUCCCCUGAUGCCUUCAAUUCCAGGAACUCUGAAAUUCCCUUUGCACUGUCAAUGGGUGAAUCUAACAAGCCCAGGUGGCGAAGGGUUUUGCUCAAAGUUAGUGGAGAAGCGCUUGCAGGAGAUCAGGCUCAGAAUAUUGACCCUAAGAUAACUAUGGCUAUUGCAAGGGAAGUGGCAGCUGUAACCCGCCUUGGGAUUGAGGUCGCACUAGUAGUUGGUGGAGGUAACAUCUUCCGCGGUGCCUCCUGGGCUGGAAGUAGUGGUCUUGACCGCUCAUCUGCUGAUUAUAUUGGGAUGUUGGCUACUGUUAUGAAUGCUAUAUUUCUUCAAGCAACAAUGGAGAGUAUUGGCAUUCCAACUAGGGUGCAGACUGCAUUUCGCAUGUCUGAGGUGGCAGAACCAUACAUACGCAGAAGGGCCAUCAGGCAUUUGGAAAAAGGAAGGGUUGUCAUUUUUGCUGCUGGAACUGGAAAUCCAUUCUUUACCACAGACACUGCCGCAUCACUUAGAUGUGCAGAAAUUAAUGCAGAGGUUGUACUCAAAGCUACAAAUGUUGAUGGAGUAUUUGAUGACGACCCAAAGCGUAACCCUCAAGCACGUCUUCUCGACACAGUGACCUAUCAGGAUGUAAUAACAAAAGAUCUGUCAGUGAUGGACCUUACUGCGGUAACAUUAUGUCAGGAAAAUAAUAUUCCUGUUGUUGUCUUCAAUCUAAACAAACCAGGUAACAUAGAGAAAGCCAUUAAAGGGGAGAGAGUUGGAACUUUGAUUGGUGCAACGUGGAAUUCUACCGUAUCAAGAACGUGA